AUGGUGUGGGCCUCCGGAGCAGACCAAGAUCCCGCACCUCUUCGGCAGUACAUGUGCUUUGAGUGUGAAAAGACUUUUACUACAGCAGACAAAUUUAGUCUUGAUAUUCACAUGAGAAUUCAUACUGGAGAGAAACCUUACAAGUGUUCACAAUGCGAAAAGAGAUUCAGUCAGUCUGGAGACCUGAAAGCACACAAGAGGGUCCACACUAGAGAGAAACCGUACACAUGUGAUCAGUGUGGAAAGAGUUUCACACGAAAAGGAAGCCUUACAGCACACAUGAGAGUUCAUACUGGAGAGAAACCAUUCACUUGUGAUCAGUGCGGGAAGAGUUUCACUCAAUCAGCAAACCUUAAGGAUCACAUGAACAUCCACACUGGAGAGAAACCAUACAUGUGUUCACACUGUGACAAGAGAUUCAGUCGGUCAAACGACUUGCAAAAACACAAGGUAGUCCACACAGGAGAGAAACCGCACACAUGUGAUCAAUGUGGGAAGAGUUUUGCACUAAAACAACACUUUACGGCACAUGUGAGAGUUCAUACUGGAGAGAAACCGUACAAGUGUUUAUACUGUGACAAGAGAUUCAGUCAGUCAGGAAACCUGAAGACGCACAAGAGGAUUCACACUGGAGAGAAACCGUAUCACUGCACUGCAUGUGGGAAGCGUUUCAAUCAUUCAGCUUCUCUACACAGUCAUAGAAAAAACAUUCACAGUAAGUAGAUCAUCUUCAGAUCCAGCACUUUCAGACCUGAUGUUGCGUCCUCAUAAAAUGCCAGAUAAUAAUGUGUCGAGCAAAAAAUAUAUAAUCUGGAUAAAUCUGU